UAAAUGAGCGAAUAAAAAAAAACACUUCAUUCUUUUUCCUGAAAACAGGAUAACACAGAAAUUGACUUUUCAGCACAUUCUCAGUUUUGGCUAAAAGUAACAUAUUUAAACUCGUAAAUUUGUUUCGGUUAAAAAAAAAACACUUAAAAUUAUACAGCAAAAUACUUUUUACCAUGACUACAAUUCGCCCAUUCACGUGCGAAGACAUGCUCUAUUUUAACACUGUAAACCUGGACCCGUUAACCGAAACAUAUGGUUUAUCUUUCUAUACACAAUAUUUGGCUCACUGGCCGGAAUAUUUUCAAGUAGCCGAAUCUCCAAGUGGGGAAAUAAUGGGAUACAUUAUGGGUAAAGCAGAAGGUCUUGGUGAGAACUGGCAUGGUCAUGUUACCGCUCUGUCAGUCAAUCCAGAUUACAGAAGGCUGGGAAUAGCGGCAACUUUGAUGAAUAUACUCGAGGAAGUAUCUGAAAAGAAAAAGGCUUACUUUGUUGAUUUAUUUGUAAGAGUGAGCAAUAAGGUGGCCAUCAACAUGUAUAAGAAUCUAGGCUACAUUGUGUAUCGGACAGUUUUAGAAUACUAUUCUGGAGACCCUGAUGAAGAUGCUUAUGAUAUGCGAAAAGCGUGUUCUAGAGAUGUAAAUAAAAAGUCUGUUGUACCCUUGACACAUCCAGUUAGACCUGAGGAAGUUGAUUGAAUUGACUAACAAUAAAAAUUCAAACUGAAAUUUUA